AUGUCAACUACUGGUGCUGCCACUCCACUCUCGGGCACCACCACUAUAAACCCAACCAACUCCAACCAGGAUAAGAUCGAGGUUGCACACGAUGCCAACGAUCACUCCGAAAACCACUCCGCCAACGCCGUCGGAAUCCCAAAGAAGCCAGCUUCCGCUUACAUGCUUGUCUCCUGCUUAUGUGUCAUGGUUGCUUUUGGUGGUUUCGUCUUUGGCUGGGACACCGGUACCAUUUCUGGGUUUGUCAACAUGUCUGACUUCAAGCAGAGAUUUGGUCAGCUCAACUCCGAGGGCGAGUACUACCUCUCCAACGUUAGAACUGGGUUGAUUGUGUCCAUCUUCAACAUCGGGUGCGCCAUCGGUGGGAUUGUCCUCGGCCGCUUGGGUGACAUUUUUGGCCGUCGUAUGGGUUUGAUUAUUGUCAUGUGCAUCUACGUUGUGGGGAUUGCAAUCCAGAUUUCCUCUACUGACAAGUGGUACCAAUACUUUAUUGGUAGAAUUAUCUCUGGUUUGGCCGUUGGUGCCGUUGCCGUUUUGUCUCCAAUGAUGAUUUCCGAAACCUCUCCAAAGCACAUCAGAGGCACUUUGGUUUCUUGUUACCAGUUGAUGAUCACCCUUGGUAUCUUCUUGGGUUACUGUACGACCUAUGGGACCAAGUCCUACACUGACUCCAAACAGUGGAGAAUCCCAUUGGGGUUGUGCUUUGCUUGGGCCAUCUUGAUGGUUAUCGGGAUGAUCUCCAUGCCUGAAUCACCAAGAUACUUGGUUGAAAAGAACAAGCUUGACCAGGCCCGUAAGUCCAUUGCCAGAGUCAACAAGUUGCAAGCCGAAGACCCCGCCGUGCAGCACGAGGUUGAAUUAAUCGCCGCUGGUAUUGAAGAAGAACAGGCUGCUGGGUCUGCCUCUUGGAUGGAAUUGAUUACGGGUAAGCCAAGGAUCGGCUACAGAGUAAUUAUGGGAAUCAUGUUGCAAUCCUUGCAGCAACUUACAGGUGACAACUACUUUUUCUACUACGGCACCACCAUCUUUAAGGCCGUUGGUUUGAACGACUCCUUUGAAACCUCUAUUAUUUUGGGGAUUGUCAAUUUUGCAGCCACCUUUGUUGGUUUGUACGUGGUUGAAAGAUACGGCCGUCGUAAGUGCUUGUUGGUUGGCUCUGUUUGUAUGGUUGCUUGUUUCGCCAUUUUCUCCUCUGUUGGUGUCACCCGUUUGUAUCCGAACGGUCCUGACCAGACUCCAUCCAAGCCAGCUGGUAACGCGAUGAUUGUGUUUGCGUGCUUGUACAUUUGCUUCUUUGCCGCUACGUGGGCAGGUGGUGUUUUUGUCAUCAUUUCCGAGACCUAUCCAUUGAGAAUCAGAUCCAAGGGUAUGGCUGUUGCCACCGCGGCCAACUGGCUUUGGGGUUUCCUCAUUGCCUUCUUCACUCCAUUCAUCACUUCCGCCAUUAACUUCUACUACGGUUAUGUGUUUAUGGGCUGUUUGAUCUUCUCCUUCGUCUACGUCUACUUCUUCGUCUGUGAGACUAAGGGGUUGACCUUGGAGGAAGUUAACGAGAUGUACGCCGAGGGUGUCUCCCCUUGGACUUCCUCUAAGUGGGUCCCAGGCUCUAGAGCCUUGGCGGUUGAGAUCGACCAAAAGCCAGAGGUCUUUAACGUUUAA